UCUGUGUCAGUCAGUCGCUUGAUAGGCAUUAACGCCGCGCGGAACUGUUGAUAUUCAGAUUGGAUGCGUUUGCGCACGGCCCGUGAUUUGAAUUUGUGUUUUUUUUUUUAUAGGUAAUCAAAGAUGUUGAAGGGAUGGAGACUUGCGUUAUCGAAAUGUUUCAUAAUACCCCAACGGUAUGUGCUAGCCAUAAUGGCCCUGUUGGCCAUAGCUAAUGCCUAUACGAUGAGGGUAUGCCUGAACAUGGCUAUCACUCAGAUGGUCAAGAAAACCACUGCAGUAGAAGGCGACGCACACUACGACCCCAAUGCUUGUCCAGAUCAAAACGAGGUAGCAGGAGUAAGCAACGUCACAGAUGAAUACUUGUACAGGGAUAAUGAACCAAUCUAUUUUGAAUGGAGUGAAGCGACACAAGGUUUGAUCCUUGGUUCCUUUUACUAUGGUUACGUGUUGACUCACGUUCCUGGAGGAAUGUUAGCGGAAAGAUUUGGAGGGAAAUGGGUGCUGGGUUUGGGCCUAUUUUCAACUGCACUUUGCACCUUUAUCACUCCAAUGACAGUGAAAUACGGUGGAGCUACUGCCUUAUUCAUACUCCGUGUCAUCGAAGGAUUUGGAGAGGGUCCAACCAUGCCUGGCCUGAUGGCCAUGUUGUCCCGAUGGGCUCCGAAGGCCGAGCGGGCGAGGUUCGGGGCGAUAGUAUUUGGUGGAGCACAAAUCGGUAACAUAGCUGGCUCUUAUAUCUCUGGACUUAUCAUGCACGAGGGCAGCUGGGAAAAUGUAUUUUACGUGUUUGGCGGAAUGGGCCUCGCGUGGUUCUUUAUUUGGUCAGUGCUGUGCUACAGUACUCCAAAUACGCACCCCUUCAUUUCUGACGCUGAAAAAAAAUUCCUGAACGAGAAUGUAGAGUCCUUAAUUAGCACUAAAAAGCAGCAGCUGGACCCUACUCCAUGGAAGGCAUUGCUUCGCUCAGUGCCUCUUUGGGCUCUUAUAGUAGCCGCUAUUGGCCACGACUGGGGCUACUUUACCAUGGUAACUGACCUACCGAAGUACAUGACAGACGUUCUCAAAUUCGACAUUAAGUCUACAGGCACACUGUCCGCUCUGCCGUACGUAGCAAUGUGGUUCGCUUCCUUCGUCUUCGGCUUGCUGUGUGACUUCUGCGUCAAGAGAGGAUACCACAGUAUUGCUAGUGCAAGGAAAAUAUACACAACCAUCGCUGCCACUGGUCCCGGUAUCUGCAUCAUCCUGGCCUCUUACUCCGGCUGCGAUACCACCCUUGCCGUCAUCUGGUUCAUUUUCGCCAUGACGCUCAUGGGGGCCUACUACAGUGGAAUGAAGAUCAAUCCCUUAGACAUCACCCCGAACUACACGGGAACUACCACGGCCCUCGUCAAUGGCAUUGCGGCCAUUUCUGGCAUCAUUUCACCAUAUCUUAUUGGAUUAUUGACGCCGCAAUCUACUCUGGAGCAAUGGCGGGUAGCAUUCUGGGUAUGUUUGGGUAUUCUUGUUUUCACGAAUAUCGUAUACGUAUUAUUCUCAAAAGCUGAACAGCAAUGGUGGGACGACGUAAAGAAACAUGGCUACCCUGCCGACUGGAAGCAUGGACCUCUUCCCACGAGAACCAAAGACACGGAAGAACAGAAAAAAGAAGAAACCAAAGACAAAAACUAACGACUGCUUAUGUAUAAUUUCUGUUUAGGAUAAUGUUAUUUAUUAUAUUAAUAAGAUAUUUUUACAUCAAAAUUUGCUUUAAUUUCCUGUAAAUAAAAAUAAACAAACUAAUACUGCAAA